GCUCCGGAGGGACCCGCUGCAGCCACCACCGCGCUGCUCCCAGGCCUCGGCGCCUGCCUACGUGUACACUGUUGUACGCCCCUUGCCAGGGUUAACGACAUGAACUUCGACGUGGGGCUGUAAAAAUGUGUUUCAAACGCUGCUGCCGACAGCCGCCGCUGCGCUGUCUCUGCAGACAUUUCUCGGCUCCUUAAUUAAGGAGUGCGUUUCAGAACGUUUCGAGGGACCCAGGCAGGAGCCACGCGGUGCCCGGGGCAAGAAGCAGCAGGCUACCAGCAUGCAGCCGGCCGCCCGCUCGCUGCCCGGGGCUACCCUCGGCGGGGCAGAGCCCGCUGCUGGCCGUGGGGCUGCGCGCCCGUGGGCGAGGCCAGCGCGGGAGAGGCGGCGGUCGCGGGGCGGGGCCUGUGCGGUGGAGGCGGAUCCAAAGGGGCGGGGCGGGCGCUGCGGGAAGCCGUGCGCCGGCGGUGCGCGGGUAGCCGGCGGAACGAUGCUCAACUGCUGGGAAGCCGCGCUGGGCGCCGCCGUCUCCGUCCCCGUCCUUCUUUUCGUGGCAGCGCCCUACAUCAGGCGCUAUGUCGCUGGAGGACGGUGUAAGUCGACAGCAAGGCUGGAGGGGAAGGUGGUGAUAGUCACAGGAGCCAACACAGGCAUCGGGAAGGAGACCGCCAGAGACCUCGCGCAAAGAGGUGCAAGGGUAAUUAUUGCCUGCAGAGACAUAGCAAAGGCAGAAGCUGCAGCCAGUGAAAUCCGAGCUGAGACAGGGAACCAGCAAGUCAUUGUGAGAAAACUGGACUUGGCCGAUACGAAGUCCAUCCGGGAGUUUGCUGAGAAAUUUCUUGCAGAGGAAAAGGAACUCCAUAUUCUCAUUAAUAAUGCUGGAGUAAUGUUAUGCCCUUACUCCAAAACUGCUGAUGGCUUUGAGAUGCAUCUGGGAGUCAAUCAUCUUGGUCAUUUUCUCUUGACUUUCCUCUUGCUGGAGCGCCUGAAGCAGUGUGCCCCAGCCCGCAUUGUGAAUGUGUCCUCACUGGCUCAUCACGGAGGCCGAAUCCGCUUCCAUGAUCUCCAUGGUGAGAAGAGCUACAAUCGUGGCCUCGCCUACUGUCACAGCAAAUUGGCGAACGUGCUCUUCACCCGGGAGCUGGCCAGGCGGCUGCAAGGUACUAAAGUCACAGCAAACGUUCUCCAUCCUGGUUCUGUCUAUUCUGAACUGGUCCGGCACUCAUUUGUAAUGACUUGGCUGUGGAAGAUAUUCUCCUUCUUCUUGAAGACGCCUUGUGAAGGAGCUCAAACCAGUAUCUACUGUGCAGUAGCUGAGGAGCUGGACUCUGUGACAGGACAGUAUUUCAGUGAUUGCCAGCCAGCAUACGUAUCUCCACGUGGUCGGGAUGAUGAGACUGCAAAGAAACUCUGGAGCGUGAGCUGUGAGCUCCUUGGCAUCCAGUGGGACUGAGCAGCACCAAGUGUCCCUGGCUGGGCCCAGCAACGCUUCUCUGGGGAACAGCACUGCUGAGAGACCUCAAGAGUAGAAUGCUGAUACUUCAGCUGCCCUAAGGAUGGUUCUGUGGGCACAAUGUAAUUUGAAUUUCUGGAAUAUUACACUUAAGGGUUGUGAUUUGUAAGUAAUCAGUCCCUCUUCCUAGCUGGAGAAUUAGAGCAUUGAUGCAGGGAGCCACCUCCUUGUUACCUCACACAGCAGCUCAAGGCUAUGGUUCUCUGGCUUUAGAAUAGAAAGGGAGGUUGCAGUCUUAGGUUUAGAUUAUGAAGUAACAAGGAAUUACUUUAAAUAAAGUUUGAUUGGUUUUUUUCCUAACAGCAAUAGUAAAGUGGUAGGACUCUAAACUUAAAACCUAUGAGAUUACUUUCAGUUCCUACCCUUUGAACUGGCAGAGCAAAAAUACUUUUGGAUGUUAGAUUUUCUGGCAAGUUAUGCAAUACAGAUACUCUCAAGCACACAAAAACAGAUCCUGGCCUUUUUGUGCCAAGCAUUAGGUAAAGUUUUUACGUGGCAUCACUUUCUCUGCAUGCUCUGUAAGAAGCUAGACCCUAGCCACUGAGGUAUCUUGGCCCUAAACUGAUUGCAGUAAGUUAACUGAGGGUUGGCAAAUCUUCUGAGAACCCAGGUUUGGUGCAGUUGACUAGGAGGUUAAAAGCUGCAGGAGGACUGCAAUUGUGCACAGGCAAGUUAUUAAAAAAAUCAACAUCUUUCUUGUGAAGUAUUGAACAAAGACAGUGUAAAAGUUGUCUCAGUAAAUCCCCCCCGGCUGCACUUUAAAUUAUUUUAGAGCCUAGAAAAUAGAGAAGAAUGAAUAAGGAACAUCUCAAUCAUGUUAAAAAAAUAUUAAAACAACUUCAGCUGAGACUUUAGCUUUAAAUGACACCAUACUCCCUAGAGCUAAAUAGCUGAAGCAGGAGGCAGGACUAUCUCGGUAUUAUGGUCCAGCUGGCUCCAGAACAGGAAGGUAAGACUUGCACAGAAAUCCUUGCAUUUGUCUGCCCAGCAGUUACUGGCUGCCAGCCUGCCUGUGCAGGACCACACAACUUGCUCUUCCACAAAGCAGCUGGCUCAGGCCACGUAGCACUGGGACUGCUCCCUUGGAACUCCAGUGCUACAUGAGUGCAAAUUGCUGGAGUGUGAUCCAUAAUCAGAGAUUAUUUCUGAAAGAGUUAAGCAGUCAGAAACCAAGUGCCACAGCUCAUAGGAUUAUCUUCUGCUUCUGAAAAAAAGCCUGGAAGUUUUUGGACUUGCAUAUGAGCCUGCCACUGUGACCAACUGCCAGUUUUGGAAAACAAAUGCUAAUUUUAAUUCUGCCUGCCUGGAUGCUGUCUAUGCAGAUCAGUCCUGUGCUACCUCUGAGCAAUACUAAAUAAAGCCAUUUUCCUUUUACAA